CCGAUAUUAGAAAUACGUCGAAGAUUAUAUUCAGAACCAGGAGAUAUUUAUCUAUAGUAGUGGCGAGAUCUUUAUUUCUCUGCACCCUGUGCCUCACAAAAGACAAUCUAAAAGCUCAAGCGUUCCUGCCAAACCCUUCUCCCACAUUAUGUCCUCUCUCGCAACAGUCACCCCCGGGGCCGACUCGGAGUAUACCAGGCUAAAUUUCAACUUUCCAAGCACCACAGCCCCCGAGCGCUUCGAUAUACAUGUCGACCAGAAAUUCCUCGAGUAUACCUUACGGAAGGUCCGUGAUUAUCGCCCGUCACCCGUCUUCUCCCCGUCGUGGACGAUCGAAGGUCCUCCCACAGGGGCUAUCGCAGGCCUGGCAAAUCAUUGGGCCAACGACUACGAUUGGAGGACAGCUGAGAAGCGGAUGAAUGAGCAGUUUGCACACUACGCUACCACCGUCCCUGGAAACGGCGAGUACUCCGCGCCAAUUCCCCUUCAUUUUGUCCAUGAGAGAUCUGAUGACGAGGCGGCCACUCCCCUACUUCUUAUUCAUGGUUGGGCCUCUACCCAUUUAGAAUGGUCUCGCAUCAUAAAACCUUUGGCACAACAAGGCAGCAAAGCGUUCCACGUCGUGGCUGUUGACUUACCAGGAUUUGGAUUCAGCCCGGCAGCAAGACAGCCUGGCCUCGGCGCAAGGGAGAUGGGCAGGGCUUUUGAUGCGCUCAUGAGACAGCUAGGCUAUGACAAGUAUGGCCUUGUCACAACUGACCUUGGCUGGCUGAUUGGCAUGUGGAUGGUGGAAGAUGUUCGUGAUAGCAUCAUCGGCCACUUUACGGAUUUCUUCUUGGUUCCCCCGAGCGAGCCAGAUUUUGCACGGCAAGCUCAAAAUGAGACUACCGAGGAAGAAAAUCAGUUCAUGGCAGCCGCAGGUGAGUGGUUCGCGAAUCAUGCAUCGUACGCUACGAUGAUGAAUCAAAAGCCGGCCGCGAUAUCUUUGGCAUUUACAGACAGCCCAGUCGGAUUUGCGGGUUGGCUGUGGGACCUCAAAUACGGAAGCAGCGACGGAUUUGCCUACGAAUACAAUGAACUCAUCACGGACACUAUGUUGCAGUGGAUACAGCCACCGUACCCCUCUAUUGAAAUAUAUUCGGGCAUGAACCGGCCUGACAUCUUAAUGCUUCCCAAAUCGAAUGUGCCAACCGGGGUCACACAGUGGGGAGGCCAGAACGGGCCAUUCCCAUCGCUUGCCAAUUGGCCUUUAACGCCACGACACUGGGUGGAACGAAUGGCUCCUGUGGCUUAUUUCAAGAGAUACGAUUUUGGCGGCCAUUGGCCGGCUGUUUCUCAUCCUGAGUUGUGGGCAAGCGACGUGCGGGAAUUCUUUUCUAAAUUGUAGAGAGUCUAGAUAUUGCAACCACUUAUCCUAUUUCUUGUUUGUUCCGGGAACUACAUUAUAUAACCCCUGAAAAGCUGUACGC